AGCUUGCAGAAAAACGAAGCUAAUGAAUUUGCAUCUCUCAGAAGUAAAUAUGGAGGAAAAGCGAAACAAAUCCAGCUUCACUACAAACAGUGAAAAUCCUAAAGUUAAAAACAUUAAAGUAUCUCGCGCUCAACGGGUUUGGAACAUUGUGACUGGUCUGACUAUCGAACCUUUCCUGAUUUUGUUCAUGUUCGGACAAUCAAUGCGCAUGGUCACUCUACAGAACUUACUGCUGGACAAAUCUUGUUUACAAUUCUUCAACUUUUCUGAUGACGUGUGUGCCAAUCUAAGUCUCCAUAACUAUACCCAAGAGAAAGACCAGGUACUGAUAGUUGCUAAUAACUACAACCUUUAUGACAUCCUGAUUUCUUCCGGUCCGGCAAUAUUGUUGUCCGUGGUUGUUGGUCCUUGGAGUGACAAGCACGGACGAAAACUUCCGCUGAUCGUCGCUGCUUCUGGAACAGCGCUAGAUCACUUCAGCUGUCUAUUAAACGUGAUUUACUUCGAUGCACCAGUUCUUUACGUGGUACUAUCGUCCAUACCAUCAGGUUUUACUGGCAGUAUGGUCAUCAUCAUGAGUUCCGUGUUUAGCUAUAUCUCGGACAACACAAGCGAAGAAGAUCGGACAGUGAGAUUUUUCAUAUUACAAACGUGUUUAAUUUUGGCCGGACCGGCUGGCACAGCGACCGGUGGCCAGCUCUUUGAGAAGUUUGGUUACAAAAGUGUUUUCUCCGCUUCUCUAGGAUUUACUCUUGUUGCAAUCGCUCUUCUUAUAUUCCAAGUGAAAGAAAAUCCCAAAUACGAACACCGGCCGAGCGCGAAAGCUCUAGUGAAAGAUUUAUUCUCCUUUGGAAACUUCAAAGAAAGCAUCCGUGCAUUCUUUAGACAACGUGAAGAUCAUAAGAGACUGAAGCUGUUUCUGCUUAGUGGGGUGAUGAUGAUAGGAUACUUAUACGUCCGAAAGCGUUACAAUUGGGAAGUAGGCCAAUACUCAAAUGUACAAGCAGGGUUUAGUGUAGCUAGUAUGCUAGUUAUGCUUCCCGUCAUCCAUACAUUGACCAAAAUUUUUAAAGUCAGAGACCCAUGGCUUGGAACUAUGGGUGCGGCUUCUCAACUUGCAGAAAAUGUUCUUCGAGGUCUUGCAGAAAAUGAGUGGAUCUACUAUUUAUCCUAUGUGGUUGGAAUUCCAGCUCCCACAGCGACUAUAGCAGUACGAUCACAGCUAUCUAAGAUGGUAAGAAGAGACGAAAUUGGUAAAAUCUUCGCAGUCGUUGCCACAGUUGAAUCUUUUCUUCCGAUGGGUGGAAGCAUCUUUUACAAUCUAUUUUACAGACUGGGCUUGGAGACGUAUGUUGGAAUACCGUUUUUCGCCGCAGCAGGAUGGUUAGCCUUUCCUCUGGUCACCUUUAUAUAUCUUGUGAUAUUUCCUGACAAAACUUCCUCUGCUGUUGACGAUCCAAGAAAUGUUAAUGGUGACCGCGAAGAAAAGACGGAGAGUAGUGACGUUGAAGGAGUAAAGUUAUAAAUUGUUUCAUAAAACAUUUUCUUAUGUGUAAGCACUGUGGUCAUGCGCAGUAAGAAAAUACUUCUUUAUAAGAAAUAUUUUAAACUCAGGACCAAAGAUCUGUGUUAGAUUUUAGUUUUUGUUAUUAUUCGUCAAUUUUCUUUUA